UCCUCCCUUCCUACCUCGAUGUCUCAGAGCAAUAUCACCCUCGACCAGCUCAGCCACUACUUCCACCUCCCAGAGAAGCAGGUUGCACAGGAGCUCGGUAUCUGCCUCACCUCCCUCAAGAAAAUCUGCCGCGCUCGAGGCGUCAUGCGCUGGCCCUUCAGGAAGCUCCGCCGCCUCCAGCGCACCCUCAAGAAGGUCGGCAAUGACACCGACUCGCUCUCGAUCAUGACCUCGGGCCGCGAUCUCUCCCCAGUCCCUAUGGCCGAGGCCAUCGACAGGUCCCCGUCGUGCCAGUCCGGGUCUCCGGUCCCGUCCGUGCACGGCUCGACGCAGGCGUCGUGCGAGCCUGCGGAGGCAGAGCAGCAGGUCGAAGGCUCCUUGUCGGACCUCUGGCCCACGUGCACCAUCAGCGGGGCGCACAUGCAUCAGCUUAUCGUACACAACUGGAGCUCCUUGUGGACUGUCCACCAGAUGCGGCGGCGGCUGCUGACGGCGCUGGGAGGCAAGGAUCUGACCAUCUCCCCGGACGGCAUCAGGGCGUACCUGGUCUACACCAGCUCACUUGCGGCCAUGCAGGCGAAGGCAGUGUGCGAGCAGGCGUGCGAGCUACUGCGGGAGCGGGCGGGGAGCGCCGGGGAGGCGAGAGGGGCGUCGCUGGAGGAGGCCGCGAAGGCGGCAGAGGCGGCUUCGGAGCCACAGCAGCCGAUGACGUUGAUGUCGAUGGUGGAGCCGGGGGCAGGGCUGGAGCUUGAGGGCUUUCUGGCGCAGACAUCAAGCCAUGCCUGCUGGUGGUCCGUUGAGGACAAGGAAGCCGAAGGAAAGAAGGAAGAGUGCCAGUUCCUGUGUACCCCUCCUUCAAGCCAGCCCCUGUCUUCCUGCUUUCUUGAGGAAAUGCAUUUUCUUUCUGGUCCAGCCAGUGGAGGACUUUGCAAUUCCCAUCUCGUCAGCGUCUAAGAAGAUUGAACGAGUUUUGUAUAUAGGUUGUUUUGAGUGUGAUUCAAUAAAUAAAGACAUGC